UUAGGUGUAUGAGUAUGAUUUAUCAUUCAACAUAUCUUUGUUUUAGGUGACUCAUAUAACUAAUGUUUAUAAUAUGACUAGUAUGUAUCUGAUAUGUGUAUUUAAUAUUUAAUUAGCUCAUUAUAACAUCGAAUCUCAUCAAGAAUUGUUUAAGAUCUCUCUAGGAACCUUUUUUUAUACACUACACAGUCUCACUGCAACCAACUUUCUUCUCUCCAAUCAAGUAUUCACCUCUUCUCCUCUCUCACACACACUCACUGUCUCAUAGUUAGUUCUAGAUAUUACUGUUGCUUGGUUUUUGAUGGAUGAAAAGUGGAAGCUGUCAAAGAAAGAAGCAGGUUGCAGCAGCCAGAAUAGCACAUCAUCCACCAAGUCACUGUUCUCAAGGAGUUGCUCAACAAGAGGCUCUUCUUCAAACUCUCCCCUCUUGAGGAGCUUAUCCCAAAAGAGUUCCUCCACUUCAAAAACCAGCAUCCCUAGGAGCUUCUCUCAGAAGAACCCCUCCAUUGGUAAAAAAUGCACCAGCUUAGCUAAGGAGCACAAAGCCAGAUUUUACAUCAUGAGGAGGUGUGUAGCCAUGUUAGUCUGCUGGCACAAGCAUGGGGAUUCAUGAAGGAAUCACAGAUCCCUUUUCAGAUUCUUAUGUUAUGGUUACAGUGCCAAAAUGCUUAAGGGAUCUGAUUUUUUUUCUUCUUGGAAUAUAUUCGUUUUGUAAUUACCAAUUGCAUAAGUUGAGUUAUAACAUUGAUUUACUUGCUGCUUAAAGCUUCUGUGUCUGUCUCUCUCUCUAUAUAUACAAUUAGUCGACCUUCAAGGAUUCAAUUUCUGAUCAUUAACAAAUACAGAACUCAUCUCGACAUGUUAAUAUCCAUCUCUAGAACCAUUACAUGAGAUAAACUUUUAUGGAGAAAAGUAUAAAGACAAAGCUUAAAUAUAAUAUCACAGAAAGUGAUGAUAAUGUUCUUUCAUUGGAAUUGAAGUUUUAUUUCCCUACUCUGCAUAAUAAUUAGCUUUGUAAAAUAUUUCAAAUGGAAACU